UUUACUCAUGUGAUUACUACACACACCUGAGACCAAGUCCGCUGGUCGGAAUUCGUAAUUUCUUUGAUCUAUUUCUUAUUUCUCGUUCGUUGAUAAUUCGAAUAAAUCGUAAAAUGGGAGCAUCUGUAGCACCAGUAUUAGUAUUUACCAUAUUAUGGGGAGCAGUUGGUAUCGCUUUGCCCUGUUUCGUGCCUAAUGGAACAAAUCGUGGAAUACUACAAGUUGUUCUGAUAUUAACAUCGUUUACUUGUUGGUUGUUCUGGUUGUGUUGUUACAUGGCACAAAUGAAUCCGUUAAUUGGACCAAAGUUAUCGAACACGACUAUACUCAUGAUGGCUCAAGAAUGGGGUACACCAAUCGAAUAAUGAACAAAUAAAUAAUCUAUGUAAUAUGAAUUUCUCUGUAUAUAUAUAUACUUCAUAUAAAUUACUUAACUGAAUAUAUUCCGAGAAACUAGGGUACACCACUGUUAUAUAGGCGAUAUGCUUCUAUUUAUCAAUGUGAAAUUGAUCAUAUAUAUAUAUAUAAUUGUAAUUUUUAAGUUAAAAUAUUUGUACAAAUAUUCUUAGGCUAUAUAUGACCUAAAUAACAAGUGUCAUAUUCGUAAUACAAAUUAUUUCUCUUCAGUUAAUUGUAAGAUAUAUAACGUACAUUUUUGUCUUCGAAUUUCCAUUUACACUAGUGUUAUUAUUGUUGACACAAAAUUGUAGUAGAAAUAAUUCCGUACUUCUAAAAUGUAAUUAUUGAAAUUCUAUGUUUCAUGCUCAAGACAAAACAAAAUGGUAUUACUUUUAUUAUGAUAGCGUGUAAAUAUAUACUGCCAAAGUUGUAUUAAUGUGCAUUUAAAAUAAUUCCAUAAAAAAAAUUAGAUCAAAGUGUAUAAAAAUUACUUUACGAAAUAGAUUGAACUUCAAUUUUC